AUGUUAUCUCUACUCAAUUUAUCAGUUCAACCAAUCUUUGGUCUUAACGAAUCACGUAUCAUCGCUCUUCAUCCCGAUAAUGAUAAUAUCUUCAUUGGAACAGUUGAUCCGCUUACAUCGGCAGUAUCCGUCUUUGGCGUAGAUUUGAAUCAUCUCAAUCGGGUUGUGCCGACUUUACUAGCUCAAUUCACAAGCGAUCUUCCUCCAGAAAGCGCGAAUCAAGACUCGUCACGGAAUGCUGAGCGAUUUAUCAUUAGCUUAAAAGUCCUUUUGGAAUCCGAUCAACUAUGCUUGGUGACCGCCGAUGGACAAAUCUCAUUAUGUCCGAUUCCAUCAAUGGAAGAAACUCAAGACCCUUUACAAUUCGACGGGGUCGGUGCUUUUGAAGAUGGAAUCCUUUGUGCUUCUUGGAGUCCUGAUGAUGAACUUCUGGUGGUCAUUACCGGUUCUCAUAAGUUGAUUCUUUUGACCAAAUCAUUCGAUGUACUAUCUGAACAUGAAGUCGAUUUCGCUCAAUUUGGAAGUGAUGAACCAGUGAAUGUGGGCUGGGGAGCAAAAUCAACUCAGUUUCACGGAUCGCUUGGUAAAGCAGCUGCACAAGCGCAAAGCGCCAUUGAAGAACAAGAGACUCGAGCUCCAAGAGAUUUAGGUCAAGAUUUCUACGAAAUCACAUGGAGAGGUGAUGGAGCCUUCUUUGCGGUGGCUUGUCCUACAAACGCUCAAAAGACUGGUCAACAUCGUUCUAUCAAAGUUUAUUCUAGAACAGCUUCAUUAUCUUCAACUUCUACUCGGAUUAAUCCACUUUUAUUACAUGGACCCAUAGCCUGGCGACCGGAAGGUUCAAUUAUUGCUUCAUCUGUUUACAAUCCGACCACCGAUAAAGUUGAUAUUAUCUUCUUUGAACGUAAUGGAUUGCAACGUUAUGGGUUUUCUCUCAAGGAAGAAGAUCGUGUCCAAAGAGUUUUCGCUUUGGCCUGGAAUUCUGAUUCUACUGUUCUUGCUAUCGGCCUGGAGAAAAUGAUCACAGAUGAUACCUCUAGUCCUGUCUCAACUCCUCGACGAUCAGAUGUCGUAUUGAUCUGUUUAAUUCCUCCGGCAGUUCAACUCUGGACGAGAAACAAUUAUCAUUGGUAUCUAAAGUCAGAGAUCCAGUCUGACCUGCAUCCACAAGGUAUCCUCAAUUUCAUAAUGUGGCAUCCUGAAAAACCUCUUCAUCUAUACCUUGGUACCGCGAGUCACAUGGAAUUACGACAGUUUUCUUGGGAAGUCUUCUCAGAUCGUACUCCAAUCCCUCGAGAUACUGGGUCUGUUGCUGUCAUUGAUGGAUACCAACUACUUUUGUCUCCUUUUCGAUACCAAGUGGUUCCACCACCCAUGUCAUCUUUACAAAUCUCAACUAUAUCACCCGAUCUUGUGAAAACCUGCUUACCGCGCCUUCCGAGUCACAUGUCAUUCAGCGCUACAUUCCCUGGACUUGCUACUAUCCUUCCGAAUGGCGAGGUAACAUGUUACCGUUGGGAUCUAACUUGCAGUCAGGAAGCAAAACCUCAUUUCCGUUUACCUACACCAACCAAGUUAUUUACAUUCAUGUUAGAAAAUUCCACAUCAAAUCCAAUCACUUACCGUCAAGUAUGUAUGUCAAAAGCUGCAUCAAUCGAAGGCAAGUCCUGCGUCGUCAUUAUUGCCCUGUUCACCGAAAUAGAACAGACAACUAUGAAAGCUCGAGAUGGCCUUCAUAUACAAAAACUUGCUUUGAAUGAGCAAGACGAUUCUGGCUCCGAGGCCAACAAGCUGGGCGACCAAUGUACAUUGCGACCCUCUCAUUCCGAACGAUGGUGGAAGCUAUCAGGCUCCAGUGUGGCUGAUAUAGCCCUCAUUCAGACUGAUACCGGUAAUGUAGUGAAAGUUUGUUCAAAUCCUGCUGAACCGAGUAUGGACUUUGGAAUCGAGACAACCCAGCACCGAUUUCCCGAGUUUUGUUCGACCUUUGAACACUUGUGGGCCGAUCCAUCUCAUGAAGCCUUCUUGCCCAUUGGUCUCAGUCACACAGCAAAACUUUAUGUGGGAAGUCAUAUGAUAGCAAACGACUGUUCUUCAUUCACUUGCGAUUCAAAUUACCUCAUCUAUGCCACUUUUUCUCAUCAAAUCAAGUUUCUAGAUACCCUUGACUUAUGUGCCAAGUUUUCGAAUUCAGGCGACUUAACAUCUACAGAUCCAAGACAGAACUCUGAGCUGGAGAUUAUUCAUCUUAAAGACGCUUCAAGAGCUGUAGAGCGUGGGUCUCGGAUUGUAACAAGUAGACCGAGUUCAAUGAAACUCAUCUUACAGAUGCCUCGAGGGAAUUUGGAAACCAUCUUUCCAAGACCUAUGGUCCUACGACGGAUCUGUAUGGAUCUGUUGAUUGAAGAUAGAUGGUUAGAUGCGUUUAUCGAAUGUAGAAAACAUAAGAUUGAUUUUAAUUUAUUGGUGGAUUUUGAUUUUCAAAAGUUUAUGAAUCAUGGUGCAAAAGAUUUUGUGGAACAAGUGAUUGAUGUGGAUCAUAUUAAUCUGUUCUUGAGUAGUUUAAAGAAUAUUGAUGUGACUGAACAAGUAUAUCCUAUUACGAAGAGAUGGAGGAAAUCAAAUGUGGAUGUGAGCUCAGAGAAUAAGAAAAGGCUUCUUGGUGAUAACAAAGUGAAUGUGAUCUGUACAUUGAUUGCGGAUGCGAUCAGUCAGAAAUCAAACAAGCUGGAGUACAUCAACAGUAUCUUAACAGCACUGGUUUGUAAAAAACCUGCUGAUUAUCGUUCCGCGUUGAAUUUGUUGUCCGAGAUUAAACUCGAAAAUCCUGAAAAGGUCGAUGACGCAAUUAAAUACAUUAUAUUCUUGAGUGAUGCUAAUGAGCUAUAUAAAGUAGCUUUAUCAAUGUACGAUCUUUCUUUGGUAGUCCUGAUUGCUCAACAUUCUCAAAAGGAUCCGAAAGAGUAUCUACCAUUUUUACAAAGUCUAAGGGUCCUUGACCCAGAGAUGAGGAAAUUCAAGAUUGACGAUUAUUUGGGUAAUCAUCGAUCUGCAAUCCAACAUUUAUGUGCUGCACAGGAAGAAAAGUUUGAUGUGAUUUUGAAUUACACUGAGAGACAUGCUUUGUAUGAAGAAGCUUUGAAAGAAGUUUCAACACAGCCUGUUAAAGUCAUAGCUUUACGAGACCUACAAGGUGAUUGGUUUAUGGAAAAUCAAAAGUACAUGGAGGCUGGGCUAGUGUACACACUUGCGGAGAAGAUUGACAAAGCGUCAGAAGCAUUUCGACAAGCGGAAGCUUGGCAAGAGCUUUUCUCUCUCUUAUCGAUAUGUGGUCGACCGGUCGAAAUCGGGAAUGACGGAAUGGCUAGUGAGCCGAUUGUCCUUGAUAUGGCUCAGCGGCUUGAGAAGUCGGGUCGGCAUCUUGAAUCAGCUACUGUCCUGUUUGAUUAUGCAGGAGAUGUCAAAGGUGGGGUUACGAUGCUGUGUGAUGGAAGAGCGUAUUCUGAAGCGCUCAGACAAGCCCUUCGGUAUUCGAGACCAGAAUUACUCAUAGAACUUGUUCAACCGAGCCUUGAGGAAUAUGUUGAAUUACUAGUUGAAGAGAUUGAGGAAACUCAACAGAACACACAGAAACAGGUGGAUCGGUUAGCAGAACUUAAAUUGGCGGCUGAGGCGGAACCUGAUGCCUUUUAUUUGACUCGAGAUAAGGAGACUGGUGAGGUCUUUGAUGGGAUUGAUGCCAUGACAGAAGCAACUACAGUCUUUAGAACCGAUUAUUCUAGAUACACUCGUGGGAUUGCACCAUCUCAUCAUUCUACCUAUACGAUGCGAUCUGGACGAUCUUCAGCACGAAGUGGAAAGUUACGUAAAAAAGAAGAAAAGAAGAAAGCAGCUGGUAAGAAAGGAAGUAUUUAUGAAGAAGAAUAUUUGUUGAAUUUAUUAUCAAAAACGGCAUUAGAGAAACUUAUAUCUUUACAAAAUCAAGUCAAAGCCUUACUUCCAGCAUUAGUCCAACUAAUCUCAUAUAUCCAACGUAAUGCUCAAAGCUCAGAUAAGGUAGCAAAAGCUUCAUCAGAAAGACUUCAUAGAAUUGCUCAUUCACUUCAAACUCAACUUGAUAAUCUUCAAACCGAAUUAAUUCAAAACAUUCAAAUCGUAUGGGAUGUAAGAGAGUCAGCAAUCAAAGAGUUGGAAGAUCGUCAAGCUGAAGCUUAUGAGACUGGUACGGGUGCUGGUACGGAAGUGAUUGGCUCUGGUAUGGAUCAGCCUAGUCAUAAGCUUCUGGUUGUACGACCUGUUGUAUCUGUGGAUAGGAGUUGGAAAUCUUCUAUUUUUAAUUAA